GUUUAAAUGCUUUAGAAUACUCUAAAUAUUUGAGUAAAUUGUUCAGAUGAAGCAAUAAUAAGGGGAGAAAUUUAUUGUUGUACCUCUGUAACAGUGAAACGAUUGUAAAAUUCAUUUUAUCGAAUAUUUGUAAUAAAUGGUUUAUAUCAAGAGAUUGUUCACGUAAAUAGUGUUCGUUUCGUCUCACGAAAACCUUUUCUAUUAACAAUUUAUAUUAUAUAUAAAGAUUUUUUUGUUGUAUUUCUAUUUAUUAACGCUUUGACAACUGUUCCUCGUGAAAUAGAGGACUCUAGUUAAAGACUCGCACAUUCCUGAGACUUUCCUUUUGAAAGGUUUGAAUUAAAUUAUACGGUAGAUGUCACAGCACCGAUUACCGUGUCCGAUAAAUCCGUUUGCGGAGUGGGUGUUUUUUUGUAUUGUUCAGUUUGACAAAAAAAUACCAAAUACAUGUAAAUGUAAUUACGAGGGAAAAUAACAGCUCGUUACCUUGAAUUUGACUGGGUGGUAUGGACAUAUCAGAUGAAAUGGACAAAUCAUGGAAUCAUCCAUGGACCACAGAGGAAAUGAGAAAGAAAAGAAGAGAAUGGAGUUUGGCUGGCGAUGUUGGGCUUCUUAAGCACCUCCAGCAGUUUUCUGAGAAUCUAGUAUCAAGGGCAAAUAAAACUGAUGAAGCACUGAAUUCAUUGACUACUCAACUGAAUGAAGCAGCAAUACUUAUAGAUAAUGUCACUAAUACAUCCCUCGCUUUGGCUAACACCCAAUUCAUUGAGAGUCGUGUGCAGGAAGAUGAUAUAGAGAUUGAGAAAAAGGAAACAUUGGUUCAGGAGUCCAAGAAUAAUGAUGUUGCAACUGCAGAUUUAAUAGCCAGUGUAAGUGAAAGCAUAAGGGAGGGUCUAAACAUAAUGGAUUUAAAGUAUAAGAAAAUGGAAUUUCUUGAUAGCGAUAGCGAAGAAGAAAGUGAUGGAGUAGUAUUGAGCGUUGUAUUGGGGCCGAACGAUCCGUAUCAAGAUCGGCCAUUACCUUAUGUUAUUGGUUCUAAGCAGUGGACAGAUUCAAGCAAAAUCGGCUUAGAAAGUAGCAGCAGUAGCGAAUCGGAACAAGUAGACGAAGAAGAAGAAGAAGAAUCAGAAAGUGGUAAUGAUACCGCAACGCUUAGGGGCUAUAACAUUCACAAUGAACCAAAAUCAGACAUAUUGAUUGGACCAGAUUAUGGUAAAAGGACUGAUAUAACAUAUAUGGACGUCGAUAAACUCGAUGUAGUUAGCCAAAAUAAUGUAUAUUCUGCUUCCGAAUCAAUUACACCUAAUGAUAACACACCAAAGGUACCAAUAUCAAACAAUUUAACACCGAACUUCGCAGAAGAAUUAGCCAAGCGAUUAGGUACAGUUCGGCAAGCUGAGAAACCAGUAAUUGUAGACGAUAAGAACGAAGCAUCGAUAAAUCGUUAUAAAGAUGACUUAUUUACACCGGAUGGGGAUGAGAAUGCCUUCAGCGAAAAAUCGAAGAAUAUAUUUACCGGUAGCACGAUACUGAAUGAUCAAGCUUCCGAAAAUUCGUGGAAAGAAAAACCUAUUAUCAAGCCAUACGAAAAUAAUAUUAUACCAGCCAGCAUCGACGUACCACCUCCCAUUAGCACAGUUUCGACAAAACCGAAGUCCGCGAUCGACGAUCUUUUCGGCGACGUAGACUCCGAAGACUCCGACGAUAUUUUCUCCUCGAAAAACACGAACAAGACUAUCGCGAAGCCCAAACAAUCAAAUAACAAUAAUGCUAACGCGGAAGCUGCUAAAAAGAAAUACUUGGACAUCAUAACACCGCCGGUUAUGGCAACAAGCACUCCGGAAACUAACGUGAACGAUAAUAAUAUAUUUAUGGACGACGAUGAGGACGAUCUGUUCGGCUCGUCGAAAAAUCCAGUGCAAAAUAAAAAACAGCCUGUGGGUGGAGUGUCCAUACUUGGUAACAUUUCAACAUCGGACAUGAAGAAUAAAUUGUCGAAUAGAAUAAUGCGAACCGAGUCGUCCGAAUCUUCCGGCAGUGACACACCGCCGAGACGUGAGGCCAGUCAGGAGUCUGCACGUAGAAACUCGCGAAACACCCUUUCGAAUGAUAACAAUGUCAACGAUUGGAGUUCCAUCGUUUCGGGAAUGAAUAACGCUGAAAAUGUAGCCGGUGCUUAUAGCAACAGCAGCAGUGGAAUAUCGAUCCAGCCACCGAGUAUUAAUAAUACGGAAGGUUAUAAUACAAGCAGCGCGAAUUUCCUACCGCCGAUGACCUCGACCCGACUGAAGUCCGAGGAGAUCUACCGGGAGCGAGUGGUCAGCGACAGCCUGUUCAGCGGCCGGAGCCGUAAUCCGGUGUCCUCGAGUUCGACGACGAACCAGGCCCAGGAGGAGCCGGCAGCGGAGGAGCCCUCGUCGGCGCUGGACAACGACGUGUUCGAGAACGAGGAGCUGUUCGGGCCGCCGCCGUUGCCGAAAACGGAGCCGAAGCCGAAAUCGAAGGUGUCGUUCCCGUUCGACGACUCCGACUCCGGCGACGAGUUGUUCUCCACGACCAGCUCGGGCUCCAGGUCGCAGAAGAGCACCGACUUCCUGACCUCGGUCCCCCAGCUGUCGGACAGGUCGAAGGCGACGACGCAACGGCGCGGCCUGUUCGACGAGGACAUCGACAUCUUCGACAACAAGGACUCGCCGGACGUCGAUAUAUUCGGCAUAGCGUCGAGGACGUCGAAGGAGGAGGUCAACGUCGCGGCGAAGAGGCUGGCGGACACGGUGGACGAUGCCCUCUUCGCGAGGAGCGUCAAGGACACGGUGCCGAGGCUCGACGGGCCGGAGAAGCGGCCGAAGAAGAUCAGCCUGUUCGACGACGUCGAGGACGCUGACGACGGGGACCUGUUCUCCGUGAAGCCGGCCAGGAGCGAGGCCAGGAUCGAGUCGAAAUUGUUCAGCAGCGACGACGACGGUGACCUGUUUUCCGUGAAGAGGCCCGGGGACCUGGAGCAGCUCGAUGGACCAGGUCCCGCGAGGAAGGACCGCGAGGAGGACAAGUCCAGGGACGAGAGGAACGGUCUGUUCUCCAGCACCAUCGGUUCCCAUGGGCUGAUCUUCGAGGACGACGACUACGACGACCUCUUCAGCAGCAAAGCUGCUACCGAUUCAUCUGCGCCAGAUGACAAUAAGCACGCGAAAAUAGAACCGAUCGCGCCCGUCGAGGUCGAGUCCAUUGUCCCCGAAGACAGUGCGAAGAUGAACGCUUUCGAUGCCAGCAAACCGGAGCUGAAGGAAGCUCAUCGAGCGACUGCUAUCGCUUCAGAGACCGCAGAGGUUGAGCCGAGGAGGAGUCCGCCGAGGUUCCUGGAUAUUCAAGUGACGGUCUCGUCGUCGCAGUCCCAGGAGAACAGCCAGGCCAACAGGAGAUCGGUAUCUGGAAAGAUAAAGAAUCUGAUGGGUAAGAUGGGCGACUUGAAGAUACUUUCGCCUAUGGACACGCCGCCGCUUUGGAGGAAAGGCGAGGAGAGGACCGACGACGACGACAGCGUCGCGGACAGGGACAGCGACGAUGGCGGAUGUAUCAGCACGCAGGGUCAUAGCUCACCGCCUAGUAUAUCUGAGGACAGCACGGCACAGAAGCAGUCGUUGCAGUCGACGGUUUCCGGUGGAAGCAACGUGGAGAGCGCAAUCAGUUUCGACGAGCCCGCCCAAGUGGAAACGUUGUCCACGGCCGCCUCGAAGACGCGGGUGAGGAUCCAAGCGAAACGCCGGCCCCAGAGCAGACACGCUCGAAAGUCCGCUCUCAGGCACAGUGGGAUCGACUUCGAUACCGUCGACGUAGGAAGCAAUGCUCAGGACGACGCUCACAGAUCCACGAACACUCGCGGCAAAGAGCCGACGAGCUCGUCGAACGUGCCGCAAGUCCCGGAUCGUCUGACUUCGUCGGGUAACGACGGCCACCAUCGACUCGGCGACCCGAACGCCUUGGCCGCGGAUGAGAAGUCGGAACUAGGUAGCAUAAGCAAGGAGAGUUCGAUGAGCGCUAACAAGAACACGCUACUGUCACCCUCCACCGACGAAGAGGACCUGUUCGACGUGCCACCGGACUUGCCGGAGGACCCUCAAAGAGAAGAUACGCUGUUCGGCAGAGCGCCGAUUCUCUCACCCGUCGACAGAGUCCUCGCCGAGAAACCAGUGACCAGUUUCAAGCCGCUCAAGGACACUCAUAUCAAGACAAUAGAAAACGCUGAAGCGAACGCUAAAGAUGUAGAUAACGAUCGAAUUAGUAAGGUGAUUGAAGUUACCAGCGAGGCUACCAUAGAGUCCGUAGUUCCUAGCUCCGAGCAGCAGCAGGAGGAAGAUGCUGUGACAGAGUCGAAGGAGAUGAUGGAUCCGCUAAGGGACAGCAGUCACGACCCUCUGAAGGACCCCAGCCAGCUCUUUGCCUUCGUCACUAAGACGCCAUCCCCGGAGAUGGGCAAGAGCCUGCUGUUCUCCGAGGACGACAGCCUCUUCUCCACCGGUAGCAAGAGGCCUUCCGUAGACCAAACGAAGAAGCCGAUGCUGGAUCUGUUCGCCGACGACGCCGAGGGCGAUCUGUUCUCGACGAGCCUGGCGAAGCCGGUGAAGAAGCCGCUAAAGGACACCAAGAUCAGUUUGUUCGACGACGACGGCCAGGACGAUGAAGAUGACAGCCUCUUCGGCCCGGUGAAGAAACUGGCGAAGGCUGAGCUGGAAAAGAAACAGCUGCCGGCUCAACAACCUCGGAAGAAGAUCAGCGUGUUCGACGACGGGGACGACGACGCGAACCUGUUCUCAGAGCAGCCGGAACAGGCGCAAAAGUCCGACGCCGGCAGCAUUCAGGAGCUACCGAACAAAGAGAUCUUCGCGAGCACCGCUGGACCUGUGAAGACCUCGCACAUCAACGACAUAUACACGGACCCUUCCAGCGGGGAGGACGACAUCUUCGCAUCGAAGGCCACCGCGAAGAAAACCGUCGCUACGUCGAAGUCGCUGUUCCCAUCGGACGACGACGACGACGACGGAAACAUUUUUGGGAAGAAGUCCACGGCCAGUGAACCACCGAGACCGGUGGAAACGAGGACAACCGUGAAGAAGUCGGUCACCAGGGACCUGAAGAAGACGGCUGAGAAGAUCAGCGAGGACCCCUUGAGCAUUCUUCAGGACGACUGAGCGGCUUUCACUCUCGAGGACCCGAUAGAUAUUAUUUAUGCUCGUCCUUCGCCAUUUCCCGGCUUGAUUUCGGAUUAUAGGAAAUUUAAUAUUUAACGGAGAGUGACGGAGGGGACGAUGACGAUGGAGAUGUGUAUAAAUUGUCAAACGAAACUGAACACUGUGCGAAGAUAAUACAAGUGCGUUUGCUUUCGUUCGUUUGAUUCGCGUGGAACGGUUUCCAUUUGAUUUGUAAAGUACAGCGAACAAAGAUAUUUUUCUCUAUUUUUCCACGAGAGUAUUUCGUCGAUAUAUACGUCUGAACGGUGACCAGAGAGGAUUGUAUCCGAACUACUUCAUCUUAUCGUCGAGAACAACGAACAAAAGGGUAUCGCUAUUAGAGCGCGGAUUUCACGGACUCGCGGCAGCGACGAGUAGAUCGUAUCGCCAAAUAGGAAAAUCACGUAGAGAAUUUACGACUAUUUAUUGAAACGGUUAAGAAAAGAAACGAGCGCCCGCGUAGCUUACAGUUCGUGCAUAGAUACAAAUUAUUCUAUUUUGCAAAAUAAAUCCGCGAUCUAAUCGUUACCUAAAUAAAAACAGAUCGAUCCGUAACGUUCGACCAAUACGCACGAUCGGUCUGCAGGCAGUGCAAUUUACGAUUAGAUCUUAUAUUUUGUUUCUUUUCUUUGUUUAUAGUAUAUGCCAUUCCAAUGAUGUAUUGUAUAUACCGUAGUCUUCUUGCAUAUGUAUCAGUACAAAUAAAUUGGUAGAAGAAAUCUAAA